AUGCAAGAACCAAUUGUUAAUCUUUCUCAGUCGCAGUCACAAUCACCUAUUGUUCCACCUCUUACUCCACCAAGUACUACUACACCAAUUCCCCCCACAAUAUCUAAUCCAUCUACCACUACUCCAAUUCAAACAAUUGCUCAACCUCCACCAGUUUCAUCAGUAACAACUUCUACACCAUUACCUCCACCAAUUUUCACUGAUUCUACUACUACAACUACUCAACCUCCUUUAAUUCAAAAUGAAGAGCAUGUGUCUGAAGAGAAUGAUGAUUUCAAUGUUCCAGAUGACGAUGAAUUCGAACAAAUUAGGUCCUUUCAAACUUUUGUUGAACCAAUUCUAGCAGCCUCUUUUCUAGAUGAUGAAAGUGAUCGUGAUGAUGAAAUAGUUUUUGCUCCUGCCACCAUAAAAUAUUAUCAGAUGUUUAACCGAAAGUUGAAUGCUUUGGUUCGUAGGUCUGAUUCCUUUUUUCCUACCAAUUUUCAAAUUCUAAUGAUUACUCAUGAGAAUACUUUGAAAACAAUUAUUGGUGAAAGUAAAAGAUUAUUUGAUGCUCAAGCCAAGUUUAUUGAUGAAGCUACUCUAAAAGUUCAGACUGCUCUUCCUACAUCCAACAAUGCUUUAUAA